CUGACGGGUGACUGACAGCACUCACUGUGCCACUGCCACUGACCAGGGUAUUUAAAUUGGUCAUAUAUGCAGCGAGUGCUUCCAAACUUCAAACAGUCAGACAAAGAAGUGAAAGUGUUCAACUAACAAGCUAUUUUUUCGAAAAGAUGCCUAGCUUCUUCUUUUACACUUUGUUCUACGUUUUAAUCUCAGGAUGUAUCGUAUAUCCACCUACGGAAUUUGUUACAGCCGGGCUAACCAUCAAAGAUAUAUUUUCAAGUUGGAUAGGCAGCGAAGAUAAAUCGUUCGUGCAAUAUCAUAUACGAAGAAGCGUCAUCACAUUAUUCGUGCAUUCUGCCCUUCCAUUCGGUUACGGUUACGGUUUAAUUCUAUUCGAGCACAUAAAUAUCUCGAAUUACUUCACGCUCUGGUCGAUAUUUAUGGUUUCCACCGUGUUAAUACCGAUUUAUACUUUGUAUAAGAUUUGGGACUGGUCGAAAGACAAUUGGAGCGAACACCCGAUAGCAAAAAACCUUGUUAUUUAUUGCAACAGUGGUAACAAUAAUACCACUGCACAAUGGAGUACAGUCGCUUCUGAUAUUAACUCAGAAUACGAGAGGCCUGAUAAAAUAAUAAUCCCAACGAGCAGUAUAUCGUUUGUAGCAGUCACUGACAAUUGGAUAAUCAAGGUUUUACCUUAUACAGUAAACAUAGCUCAUCAAAGUGAUGCAGUUCUGAUCGUUAACAAAAGUGAUACCCAUGAAAUGUCCCCGAUGACAGGAAGAGAGAUUCAGUUUAUUAACAUCGAGGUAAAAUCUUCGAGAGCAGGAGCGAAACCUUUCGACAUAAGACUGAACGUGUUUCAUUUUAAGAAGUUACAAGACAAGGUCUCUCGCCCUAUCACUAUAUUACAGAACAUAAAGUUUCAGAAGUCCUUACUUGAUAAAUUUAUCGACAACUUUAAAGAACAAGUGCAAGAGAAUCCGUAUUACGAGUUCACAGAGGAAUUGGAACAGUGCAUAGGAUGCAUGCAAGCAUCAUCAAAUGUAAAAUUGAACAGACAAUGCACCAGUGGGAUAGGAACCGGAAAUCCAGAGGACUGUAUGGUUUGUUAUUGUCGUCCGAUGUGGUGCAUAGAUUGCAUGGCGAAAUGGUUCGCAUCGAAACAAGAUGAGGACGCGCCCGAGACAUGGUUUUCUUCUAAAUGUACUUGCCCAGUCUGCAGAGCACGAUUUUGUAUAUUGGACGUAUGUCUAAUACGAUCCGCUCAAAUGUAAAAACUAUUAUUUUAAUAUAUAAUUCUGUAAAUAUU